UUAUUUCCACAUUUAGUAACGAAACUUCCCUUAUCUGCUUGCUUUCGUUUGGACGAGAGAUUUAUAAAUGCAGGUCCGUUCGUUUCAGUUAACACCCGUUACUAGUUCAUCUCCCCCGUGGAAGCAUGUCCCAGAAGCGGCCACGUGAUGAUGACGAGCAGGCUCGAUCGGACGGUAGAAGCGUCACAAGUGAAGCUAAAGAGGCUUACAAGAAUGAGGAGUUGCUUUCUUCACUAAAGCCCCACAUUCUUGAACUAGUAAGAAAGGAAGUUGAACGGUUACAACCAGAGCGUUGUGCUUGCAAGAAACGAUGUUGUGGUAAUCAGAUGGAUAAUUCAGCCUCAAGAAGCUUACAACUCAAGUUCAUAAACAAGCUUACUCUUCCGAGUUUCACUAUGGAAAAUGUUAAUGGAGAGGACUCUUCUGUUCCAAGUAUAGCUUUAGUUGAUGCCCAGACUGAGCAAAUUGUUAAAUCAGGUCCCGAAUCCUCGAUGAAUUUGGAAAUGGUACUCCUUGAAGGACAUUUUAAAGGCAAUGACGACGGCAACUGGACAUCCAUACAGUUUAGCAAUCAUAUUGUAAGAGAAAGAGAAGGCAAGCGGCCACUUCUUAUUGGGGAUGUGUCUCUAACUCUGAAUGAGGGAAUUGCUGUGGCACAUGAGCUGAAAAUUACGGAUAAUUCAAGCUGGACACGGAGCCGUGCAUUUAGGUUAGCUGCAAGAGUUGGAGAUGGUUAUUUUGAUGGAAUGAGAGUAAAAGAAACAAUCACCGAACCGUUCGUGGUCAAGGAGAAUCGUGGAAAAUCAUACCAGAAGAAGCAUCCCCCCUCAUUGGAUAAUGAAGUAUGGAGCUUGGAAGAAAUUGGUAGAGAUGGUAAUAUUCAUAAGCGUCUAAAGGGAGAGAACAUCAAUACUGUAAAGGACUUUCUGAUAAAGCUACAUACAGAUACUCCAAGGCUCCAAAAUAUCCUACGCUUCCGAAUCAAUGACAAGAGGUGGGAAGUUAUAAAGAACCAUGCAGAAGAAUGUGAUCUUGGUAGCGAAACGUACGUCUAUUACUCCAAGGUCGAAUGGGGAAAGGGAGUUGUCUUCAACAUUGUGCGAGCAGUGAAAGGGUUCCUCUUCGAAGGGAGAUUCAUUCCCAUCAAGGACCUUCCAGAAAUCCAAAAGGUGGAAAUGCAGCAGAUGAUCAAAGUUGCAUAUGAAAACUGGGGAGAAGUAGUCCCUUAUGUUGAUGGGGACAUUCUUGGUAGUUCCUCAAACGUGGCCGUUGAUUCCCUCCCAUGUGGUUCUAUGAGGCUGGAGAAUCCAACCAACAUUUGUUCAAGCUCUCAACAUUCUGGUGGACUGCCUUUACACCAACUAAACGUUUUAUCUCCCCCUGUGAUGACGAGCUCAGAUUAUAACAAUUUGUUCCAUUUCGAAGGCAUGGGAUUUGUAAAUUAUUCUGAUCCUCCCAUUGAUUACACUUUUUGGGCUGAGCUAGAAUCGCAAGCAAACCAUGUGAACACCACCAGCAGCUUCUUCAACAUGUCGGUGCAGUCUGUACCUGCCAAUGAUAAAGCUCAUCCGACAUGGAAGACGUUGAUAACUGUACUGAAAUUCUCCUUCCGUAUUGUGGCUUUGAAGGAUCCGGAUGCAUAAAAUGCUUAUAAGAUCCUAGACCUAAAGGUAUACACUGUGUACUUUGAGUUUUCAGCUUCUUCGAGUGGGGGGGACUACUGUUCUGUAAUCCAGACCGUUGUUCUGCUGGGGCCAUGACUGCACUGGAUAUAGGUAUCUUCUCGAUGGGCUAAUAAUAUACUUUCAACAGUUUGGAUCUACAAACUGUGGGCCCCACUUGUGCAAACUGAAAAACUAGUAUUAUGGGUGUCCUUGGGUCGACGAUCCCAUAAUUCCUUUGUUGUGUAUGAAAUAAAGUGACAUUUGGACUCCCUAAGCACGAAACAUUAUUGGUAUUUUGUUAAAUUUGAUUGGAUUGAAAGACCUCGGUUUGAAAUUUCACUCUCCUUUUAUAAAUGAUGAUUAAUUUAGUUACGUUUGUAAGUGCAUGUGUUGGGCUGAGCAGAAUGCUUUUCUUAUUAUUUAGUUAGUGUUUGGAAACAGAAUUAUUUUAAUUAGUAUUUGAACAUGAAAGAGCAUUUGACAACUUUGUGACUGAAA